AUGAAAGUGAACGAAUAUCGAAAAAGAAAGGAUGGUGCGCUAGAUUUGGAGCGGAGGAGGAACCUCUUUCGCCGAGAGCUUUCUGAUGAUCAGAUCAAGCAGAUGGACGGAGUCAAUCUGAUGACUCUGAACGACACGAUCCAGCCAACUCAGAACAUACUUGAGCGCAGGAAUGACCUUUGCAAAUUGACCCGGAUCCAGAGAUUUCUCCACGCAAUCGAACAUAUUGAGGAGCUUGUGGCAAUGUUUCUUAGCGCCGACGCCAGUGGCUUCGUGGCUUUCAUCUGG